UACAAAUCAACUAGAAAAAUGACUGCCAAGGCUCUCAUCACACUGCUAGCUGCUCUCUGCUGUGCACAAGCAGUUUUCAGCGUACGGGUCAUCUCUCGCGCCGAAUGGGGUGGUCGUCAGCCCACCAAUCGCGUUUGGUUGAACAACUACUUGAGUUAUGCCGUUAUCCAUCACACCGCUGGUGCUUACUGCUCUACAAAAGCCUCCUGCGCUCAACAGAUGCGCAACAUACAGAGCUACCAUAUGGACUCUUUAGGUUGGCCCGACAUUGGUUACAACUUCUUGAUCGGUGGUGACGGUCAAGUAUAUGAGGGUCGUGGCUGGAAUUCGAUGGGUGCUCAUGCCUCCAACUGGAAUGGUAUCUCAAUUGGCAUAUCCUUUAUGGGCAAUUACAACAACGAUCGUCCAACUGCUGCGCAAAUCGCCGCUGCCAAGGGUAUUCUCGCUGAUGCCGUAGCUCGUGGUCAAAUAAGCUCUGGGUACAUUCUGUACGGUCAUUGUCAAGUAGGUGCCACCGAGUGCCCCGGUAAUAACUUGUUCGCUGAAAUCCGUUCAUGGCCACACUAUCGCGGUUAA